CGCCGCCCCUUCCGCGCGAGCUCCACCCAGGUCGGCAGCAGCGCGGUCGGCGGCGCCUAUUUCCCGCCAUUGUGCGAAGUGGAGGUUGGGGGCCCGGACGCGCCGCCUUCCUGCGGCCGGCAGCUCCCGGGCGGCCGCCGCCACCGCCGCGGUCCCCUGAGGCCCGGCGGCCCGCGCCACGCGUGUCGCCCUGCGUGGGAGGGCGAGGAGCGGCCGAGCCCCUGAGGAGGCGCCGCGGCGCGGGACGCCGCUCGGCGAAAUGCCGUGCGGGGAGGACUGGCUCAGCCACCCGCUCGGGAUCGUGCAGGGCUUCUUCGCCCAAAAUGGAGUUAAUCCUGACUGGGAGAAGAAAGUAAUUGAAUAUUUUAAGGAAAAGCUGAAAGAAAAUAAUGCUCCUAAAUGGGUACCAUCAUUGAAUGAGGUUCCUCUUCAUUAUUUGAAACCUAACAGUUUUGUGAAGUUUCGUUGCAUGAUUCAGGACAUGUUUGACCCUGAGUUUUACAUGGGAGUUUAUGAAACGGUGAACCGAAACACAAAAGCACGUGUUCUUCAUUUUGGAAAAUAUAGAGAUAUAGCAGAAUGUGGGCCUCAACAAGAAGUUGAUUUAAACUCUCCACGAACUACCACUUUGGAAAGACAGAAUUUCUAUUGUGUUCCAGUGCCUGGGGAAUCUGUGUGGGUAAAAGAAGCCUAUAUUAAUGCAAACCAAGCUCGAGUCAGUCCUUCAACAUCUUACACUCCCAGUCGUCACAAGAGGAGUUAUGAAGAUGAUGAAGACAUGGACCUACAGCCUAAUAAACAGAAAGAGCAGCAUGCGGGUGCCAAACAAACAGGGAGUGUUGGCGGUCUUCAGGGGUGUGGCGAGCCAAAACGUCUAGAAACUGAAGCUUCUACUGGACCACAGCUGAGCUCCCUGAAUCUCUCUUCUCCUUUUGACCUGAACUUCCCACUGCCAGGAGAGAAGGGCCCUGCAUGCCUUGUGAAGGUCUAUGAAGAUGGGGAUUGUUUCAAAGUAAAUGAUGUUCUUGAGUUGUAUGGCAUCCUCUCUGUGGAUCCUGUGCUAAGUAUACUGAACAAUGAUGAAAGGGAUGCCGCGUCACUCCUGGAUCCGAUGGAAUGCACAGACACAGCCGAAGAACAGAGAGUGCACAGUCCUCCUGCUUCGCUAGUGCCAAGGAUUCAUGUGGUUUUAGCCCAGAAGUUGCAACACAUCAACCCACUGUUGCCGGCCUCCCUUAACAAAGAGGAGAGCAAAACCUGUAAGUUUGUUUCAAGCUUCAUGUCCGAAUUGUCUCCAGUCAGAGCAGAAUUGCUUGGGUUCCUCACACAUGCCCUUUUGGGAGAUAGUUUGGCUGCUGAAUACCUUAUAUUACAUCUCAUCUCUACGGUAUAUACAAGAAGAGAUGUUCUUCCACUAGGAAAAUUUACGGUUAACUUGAGUGGUUGCCCACGGAAUAGUACCUUCACAGAACAUUUGUAUCGAAUUAUUCAACAUCUUGUUCCAGCAUCUUUUCGUCUGCAGAUGACUAUAGAGAACAUGAACCAUUUGAAGUUCAUCCCCCACAAAGACUACACAGCCAAUCGCUUGGUCAGUGGGCUCCUCCAGCUACCCAGCAACACUUCCCUUGUAAUCGAUGAAACUCUUCUGGAGCAAGGCCAGCUUGACACCCCAGGUGUUCAUAAUGUGACGGCCCUGAGCAACUUAAUAACUUGGCAGAAGGUGGAUUAUGAUUUCAGUUACCACCAAAUGGAAUUCCCCUGCAAUAUUAAUGUUUUGAUUACUUCGGAAGGGAGAUCACUCCUACCCGCAGAUUGCCAGAUCCACUUACAGCCACAGCUAAUUCCCCCAAACAUGGAGGAGUACAUGAACAGCCUUCUCUCAGCCGUGCUGCCUUCUGUGCUAAACAAGUUCCGAAUUUACCUGACCCUUUUGAGGUUCCUGGAUUACAGCAUAUCUGAUGAGAUAACCAAGGCAGUUGAAGAUGACUUCGUGGAAAUGCGCAAGAAUGACCCUCAGAGCAUCACUGCUGACGAUCUCCACCAGCUGCUCAUUGUCGCUCGGUUUCUGUCUCUCAGCGCUGGGCAGACAACACUGUCGAGAGAACGAUGGCUGAGAGCAAAGCAGCUCGAGUCUUUGAGAAGAACUAGGCUUCAGCAGCAGAAGUGUGUGAAUGGAAAUGAACUUUAAACAUCUGAUACCUAUCGAAGAGUAAUGGGCAAAUUACAGCCACAUUCUUGUAAAAUGCAAGUAUCAUUUAUACCGUUUUGUAGAUACUUUGUAUUAAAAACCAAGGACUUUUCCUGAAAUCAAGCCUGGUCACAUCUGAAGUUUAUAUAAUAUUCAGUAAGGGCUUUUACCUUACUGAUUUUAUGGAGCUUUUGGAGUUUGUUUUAUAAUUAUAUAAAUUAGUAAUGUACAAAACUGUAUUUGAUAUUAAAAGUUUAAUAUUGAUAACAUUGCUGCUUAUACCAUUUCCUUAGCUGAAGCUAAGUUAUAGGCCAGACUUUGUUCAUAGGAAAAUAGUUGCAAUUCCAUUCAGGAAUUGUUCACUUAAGAUUUUUUACGUCUUUCCAAUUAACAGUGGAUCUGAAUGUGUUUUGUGAUCACAUGUUUGGGAAAUGAUACUACAAAAUUUCACAUGAUUUCCCAAAGAUUUGACCACAGCAGCUUUUUUUCUAUUUAACAGUUGUUAAUCUGCAACACUAGUCUUUAACGUGGCAGUGGUUCCCAUACUUUUAGAGUUCAUGGACCAGUAAUAUUUCCCCAAAUUUUGGGAUAGACAAGGAUGCCAAGUUAUCUGAAAGAAAUCGCUGUAUUAUUACAUUUUCUUUUCAUGAGGACAAUCUUAAAAAACAAGAUAGUCCUUUAAGUGGAAUAAAUGUAGCUUUUUGAAAAAAAUACUCCCAUUGUCCUUGUUUUUCUCAUUUCACCCCAGUACAUUUGGGAACCACUGUUUUAUGGCACUCACUUAAGGAAAUUCUACCCUACUAAGUUGUUUUUCCUAAAUAUGAGAGUAAAAUAGUUAAUUUUUAAUUUUAAGAAAUGUCUUCUUUAGGAAAAAGGUUUUUAAUUCUUUUCCUAAUGUCAUUUACUUGCUUUGAUGAUUGUAUUAGAUUAACAUUAGAUUAACAUUAUCUGCUUGUCCAAAACACCAUGAUAAAACUAAGUAGGCUUUCCCCAGACCAAUUACAGUUCUAAAAUACAGUAAGUUUUAAAAUGAACAAAAACAUCAUUGUUCAUAGUAUAAUUGUGGCUCCCAGAAUAUUUGGAGAGGUUAGAACAUCACUUAAGCUGUGGUUAUACAUAAUUAUUUUUAGUCAGUGACUUACCUAGUUGGAAACAUUAAUGGUUCAGUUAAAUGAUUCCUUAAAUUCCACCCCCACGUCUAAAUUGAUAUUGUUAACCAAGGAAACAGGGUGAGCCUUGAAAAUCAAGGAAUUUAUUAUGCCUCACAAACGGGAUUAUUAGUUUAACUUUUCCUAAACUCAAAUCUAUUUUUUAUAAACUAAUAUGAAUAAUCAGUUUAUAUUUAGUAUUCUAACUGGUUUUCAUUUUUAUAACUGGUAGACUAGACCAUCCUUGAACUUUUAGGAAAUGAAACCUCACCUGGAUUUGUGGGAAUAAAAUUCAAGAGAUUA